AUGCCGCUCACGUUGGUGUCCCUGCUCUUCUACGUCUAUACAGCCGAGGCCUGUCUGCAGUGUGACAGCAAGAUCAGGCUCCUCCAUGAGGACUUGGCCCUGUCUGCUCCCACUGUGGACGACCAGAUAGAACUGAAAAAGAUUUAUGACCAUGCCUAUCAGACCUACAGAGAGACCAGCCGGGAAAGAAAGGGAGUCAUUGAUCCCACCACGCUGUACAGAGCCAAAACUGAAUACCAGGGCGAAUUUGACCGCUUCUUGAAGUCCCAGCACACAGGGUCUGUGACGUUUGAAGCCAUUAUGAUCAUGGAGAAGGGCAGGAAGAUCUUAGAGAAACACUUGGACACAUUUAUGCAGGAUGGAUUGUGCCCUAACAAGUGCGGGCUUUUGAGACGAAGAAUAAUGGAUUGCUUCUCUUGCCGCUACAAGAUGUACAUCUGCCCUUCACCCUCUGGACAGCAGGAUUGCGGCGAGUACCCGGUGCAGGCUGAGGAAGGAGGCCAGGCCUUGUUGAACUGUUUCCAUCCAUGGCAUAGUCUUCUGCUGGGUAGACCAGAGUACCAUUACUCAUGGGCCGCUGGUGUGCCAGGGACUCAAAAGCUGAAUGAGAGGGACUUCAGCACCUUGAUAGUGACAGAAGACUCAACUGUGGUCUUAAAUCAGCUGCAUGUGAAUGAACAAGGAACAUAUCGCUGCUCCCUGCAGAGCCGAAAUGGAACGAUCUUCUACCGGGUCACUUUCCUGCUCACGGUUGCCCCUUCGCCUGAGCAGGAUCAACGACCUGUCGUCACUCUGCCUCCCCCGCCUCCCGGAGACACCUACUCACCUUUUCAGUCUGCCAAGGGCCUGCUGGUGCCAGUCAUCGCCGUGGUUACUGCCCUGAGUCUGGCAGCGAGUGUAGGCCUCACAGUAGUUCUGGGGUGAGUGACAGUAUGUAGGUGGAAAACUGGAGGUGGGGGGUUUGGGGUAAAAAAAGGAAAGGUGGAGGAGUACAAGGUGACACAGAAGAGUCAGAGGGCAUGACACACUGAAUGAGGCAAGGUGGAGGAAGUGGCUGUCACAGUUUGAGGAUUGACUCAUUAUUUUUGAGGCUUAGGUUUAUGUCACAUGAAGCUAUAAUAGGUUUAAUGAUAGACUGUUUACAAUUGAACCGAUGACGUCUUGAAGGUGCUUACUCUGAAAGUAUUGUCACUUCUUACAAUCAACAGUUAUUAACUAUUGUUAACCGUUCAUUUUUUUAAGGUCACUCAAUUGGCAGGUUUUUGUGUUAUUGUUUGUGUUAAAUUGUGACUUAAAUAUAGGAUAACUGUGUAUUUGCUCUCCAUAGGCUGAUGAUAGAGCGGAGAAAAGCCACAGCCAAGACGAGAAGAGAUAGGAGGAAGUAAAAUAACACAAAAAGCACAGUGUGGUGAUGCGUACAGCAUAAACAGACAAGAAUGACAGGGAGUUUUCUCUCACUUGAGGUUAUAACAUUUCUUUCAGUUUCUCAAUAAAUUUCCCAGAACAAAGUGGGAAGUAAUGUCCAAAAAUGACAUGGGAGUGAGAAGACAUGUAGGUGGCUAAAUGAAGCACAUAGAGUUUCUAUUGUGUGU